AAUUGUUGAAUGAAACAGUAAUUUGCAGAGAAAUAAGUAAAGAUGAGCAGGCCGGGAGACUGGAACUGCAGGUCAUGCCAGCACCUGAACUUUCAGAGGAGAGAUUCUUGCCAACGAUGUGGGGAUUCAAAGUAUGGAGAUAGAGUUGAUUUUGGAGCUUUUGGAGGAAGAGGAGGAUCUUCAUUUGGGUUGAGUGGAUCAGAUGUUCGCCCUGGUGACUGGUAUUGUGCUGCUGCUAACUGUGGUGCACACAACUUUGCUAGCCGCUCAAGCUGCUUCAAAUGUGGUGCUUUCAAGGAUGACUUAGCUGGAGUCUUUAACAGUGACAUGUUGCGCUCAAGAGGUUUUGGUGGCAAUGGAAGACCUGGAUGGAAAUCUGGUGACUGGAUAUGCAGCAGACCGGGAUGCAAUGAGCACAACUUUGCUAGCAGAAUGGAAUGUUUUAAAUGCAGCGCCCCCAGGGACAUGUACUAGAAAUGAGAUUAUCCAAGCAAGAAGACUACAUCAAUUACUAGAGAUGCUGCGAGAUUUCUUUAUUAAUUUCUUUGGGAUGUUAUAGACUAUAUGAAUUCUGAAAAGGUGGUUUAAAACGCCAUGUUACACAGAAGCUACAUCCCUUAGGCUCUUUCUCAGAUUUAUCUCAAGAACUGCAGCAAUGUUGUAUUGGUUCUUUAAACUAUUUUCUUUAAACUAUUUUCUUUUGUCUUCGUGUUAGAGAGUUCAGUUAUGUAUGGUGCGUGGUUUUCUUAAAUGAAGAUGAAUCUUUUUUCUUCUCAUGAGAUGAACAAGUACUUCCUAAAUGGAUGUGUAAGAGGGUGUGAUGGGAUAAUUCAUCAUUUGUCUGACUCUCAUGUAGUGGACAAGGUUAUUGUGUAUUAUUGGGCAGCAAUUAAAGUUAAGCGUACAUGCGGGUUCAAAUGGUAAGCCAUUUAUUACUAUUUGUAACUCAACAAAAUGGAAUUACACACACAAGUCCACCAAGCAAUCUAUUUAACAAGGAAAAACCUUUGAGCCUUUAGGUUGACCAAAAGAAUACUUGAAAUAACUUUGAAUCAGCAUCUAAAACAGUUCAAUAGUUCGACUAUGGGGGAAACAAAAAAAAAAAGAAAGAAAGAAGACUUUUGUAAUGUAAUUAUUAAGUUAAGCAUAAUUUAAAUCGCCAGCAUAUAAAGAGUUCUUGGGCAGAGUACUCAUUAGUGAGACAUAUUGCUUAACCUCUUAAAUUUUAAUGAAAAUUAAAUCCAACUAUGUCCUUCCUUCCCUGACUUCAUUGGCUUAGUUAGCAUAUUUGAGACAGAAAUCACAUUGGAUUCCUUUCACUGAAUGUAAAGUACACCUUUGAAAAGGAUGUGCAUUGUGGAUUCAAAAGAUGAACCCCAGACUCCAUAAACAUAUAUGCUUU